AUGCUGGGCGCGCGGCGGCAGGCGGUGCCGAAGCCGCGGCCGCAAGGCGCGUCGGCGGGCGACGACGGGCGGCCGAGGUGUCCCUGGAGCAAUGCCUUCACAGGUGCUGCGGCUGAGGCCUAUGUCGCGUACCACGACACCGAGUGGGGCCGCCCGACGCGUGACGAUUGGGAGCUUUUUGAGCUGAUCGUGCUGGAGGGGGCGCAGGCCGGGCUCAGCUGGUCGACAAUCCUCAAGAAGCGGGACGCCUACAGGGCCGCCUUUGAGGGGUUUGACCCGGUCAAAGUUGCGGCCUUUGGGGAGGACAAGGUCGAGGCUCUGCUGGCUCCCGACAGCGGCAUCGUGAGGCACAGAGCGAAGAUCGCAUCAGCCAUCAACAACGCACGCUGCGUCCUGGAGAUCCAGAAGGUGCACGGCAGCUUCUCAGAAUGGGUCUGGGCGUUCGCGGGCCCCGGGGGCACGCCGGUGGUCAACCACUGGACAGAGCUGUCUCAGGUGCCGGCAAGCACGCCUGCGUCCGCGGCGCUGAGCGCGGCCCUCAAGAAGGAGGGCUUCAGCUUUGUGGGGCCCACCACCUGCUACUCCUUCAUGCAGGCCACUGGCAUGGUCAACGACCACUUGGUCAGCUGCUUCUGCCACGGACAGCUGGCCGGCGGCGGCGGCGGCAGUGGCGGCGGCGGCGGCGGCGGCAAUGACGUCAUCGAUGGAAGCGGCGGCGGCGGCGAUGACGCCGGCGGCGACGCUCCUGAGGUCACCCGGCCGCGCCGCGGCCGCAAGGCGUGA